CAGCUUAUCUCCGCUCCCUUUGUGUUUGAACCCUUUUCACUGUGGUUCACGGUUAUAUGGAGCCGGGAAACCUGCAGGGAAACGUCUCCGUCCGCCUCCUCCGCAGCUCCCUCAUGUCCGCGGGACAGGAACCAGACUUCCCCGGCGAUGAGGUGUUCAUGGGCCGGUUCCCCGUCCACCGCGCCUGCCGGGAUGGAGAUGUCGGGGCUCUGGUGUCUCUGUCCGAGCAGCACCGGGCUCACCUCACCGCUGAGGACCCCUGUUACGGGUGGACCCCCGUGCACUGGGCGGCUCACUACGGACAGCUGGAGUGCGUGGUGCGCCUGGUGCAGAUGGGCUGUGGCGUGAACGUGGGGAGCAGCCGCUUCGACCAGACGCCGACGCACACCGCGGCGUUCGGAGGGCACCCCCACUGUGUGGUGUGGCUGACCCAGGCCGGAGCGGAUGUCAACAGGCAGGACUUUGUGGGUGAGGCCCCCAUCCACAAGGCGGCUCGGUCAGGUAGCUUGGAGUGUAUCCAGGUCCUGCUGAUAGCAGGUGCUAAACCGCAUGUAAAAAAUGCCAGCGGGCAGACGGCGGCCGACCUGGCCCAAGCUCACGGCUUCCUCGACUGCUUCCGCUUCAUCUCCAACGCCCAGAAGCACCUGCUGCAGCUCGGCGGCCUCCACGUGAACGGCGUGCAGAGCGGGAGCGUGCCCUGUGGUGUCGGCCGGCUCAACAGGAAGAGGCUGCCGACCACCGUGGAGCCCGGACACCUGAAGAAGGCCAGGAGAGCGGAGGAUGUGUUGGCGCAGAUGCACACCAGUGGAGGGGAGGAGGUGGAGAGCAUGAACAUGGAGUCUGCACAGGGGCUCAGCUCAGACGAUGACAUCAAAGGCGUCACCAACGGCCAUCACCAGGCGCUGCCUCAUGCUGCCCAGGAUGAGCCCGAGCCCGAGCCGCUCAAAGCAUCCCCCCCUCCUCGGCGCUCGCCGGCUGACAUGUGCGGCUCCCUGCAUCUAACCGGCAGCCCCAGCAGCUGCGUGUCCCAGCGGCCGGCCUGGUGGGGGCUGAUGGGAGCCGAGCGCGGGGACUUCCAGCAUUACGGACACUACCACGGCUUCGGGGACACCGCGGAGGAGCUGAACGACAGCAUCCAGGCUGAGCUCAGAUACAAGCAGGCCGUGGCCAGCACCGUCCACCUCUACCACGGAUCCUAAACAGAGUCGGCGUCCACAGCCCGGCCCCUGGAGACAUCCUCUCCGACAUGCUGUCCCCUAACUUUAAAGGAUCACUUAUAUUUUGGAAAGAUCCUUUAGCCGCUAAAUCUAGAGUCACUACUACAGAUAAGUAAGUCAUUUUGGAUCAUCUUUACACAAAGACCACAAUUUAGACCUGGUGUAAACAUCUGUUCUGAGAGGGAUCAUGGGUGGACACAGGAGAUUGAAUCCCAGAAGAGAACACACGCACUUAACGCUGACCACCUACGAUCGGAUCUCCCAUGAUGGACUUUAAUACAAUGUCUGAACGGGGGGGGGGUACCAUAAAUACUGAAUCUUUUUUGAGACAACUUCGAUGUUUUGUAUGUUCCUUUAGUGACAAUUUACCCUACUUAAUUUGUAUAGCCUUUACUGCUUUCCAGGAUUUUUGUAAGAGUUGACCUGGGACUCAGUAUCUAAAGUCCUGUCCUCGUCGUGGGGCUGCCAGGUCCGUGAAACAAACAACCAAUCAGACAGCUUUGAUUUGGAAGGUUUCACACACACAAUCUCCUCUUUUAUUCCACAUUUAUAACUUUGAUUAAUUUUUGUUAGUGUACUGCUACCGCUGGCUGGUUUUUAUUAUUAAGAGCUAUUUAGUUUGAUUGUAUGGCGUUUUGUGUAUGUGUGUGUGUGUGUGUACAGUGGUCGAGGUGUGUGUACAUUGAGGCUGUCCUCUCUGAAUGUGCCGUCCUUCAGCCGGGAGGAGCCAACGCACAGAAAACUGAAAACCCAGCUCGCCUUGAUCAACCAAAGGGAAUGUGUUUUGCAGCUUUUAAUUUGAAAAAUCAUUUGUUUGAUGUAUUUAUACUUUAGAGCAGGUGAAUGUACUGUCAUUUUUUUAUAAAGGAUACUGUUUGUUGGGACAUGUUGGGAAACUGCACUAAGUGCCAAAGGCUGUUUUAUACUCGUUCUGGUUUGGCCUCUUUUCCUAUUAAAACGUUUUUGCAGUUUGAUAAAAAAAUA